GUGGCGCGGGCAGGGCUCCGGGCGCGAGCCGGGCUCCCGCAGCAGCACAUUCAUCGGCUGCCAAGAGGAGCCGCCGGGCGCUCGCAGGCUCGCAGGCUCGCAGGCUGGGCGCGCGCUGCCCUCGGGAGGACCCGACCGCCGAGCCAGACCCCGCCGCCGCUUCUCCGCGCGAGCCAUGGCCGGCCUCGGCCACCCCUCCGCCUUCGGCCGGGCCACCCACGCGGUGGUGCGGGCUCCGCCCGAGUCCCUGUGUCGCCACGCGCUGAGACGCUCCCAGGGCGAGGAGGUGGAUUUCGCUCGCGCCGAGCGCCAGCACCAGCUCUACGUGGGCGUGCUGGGCAGCAAGCUGGGGCUGCAGGUGGUGCAGCUGCCGGCCGACGAGAGCCUGCCCGACUGCGUGUUCGUGGAGGACGUGGCCGUGGUGUGCGAGGAGACCGCCCUCAUCACCCGCCCCGGGGCGCCCAGCCGCAGGAAGGAGGUUGACAUGAUGAAAGAGGCUUUGGAAAAACUUCAGCUCAACAUAGUAGAGAUGAAAGACGAAAAUGCAACCUUAGACGGUGGGGACGUCCUGUUCACAGGCAGAGAAUUUUUUGUGGGACUUUCUAAAAGGACAAAUCAACGAGGUGCUGAAAUCUUGGCUGAUACUUUUAAGGACUACGCAGUCUCCACUGUCCCUGUGGCCGAUUCUUUGCAUUUAAAGAGUUUCUGCAGCAUGGCCGGGCCCAACCUGAUUGCGAUAGGGUCCAGUGAAUCUGCACAGAAGGCCCUCAAGAUCAUGCAACAGAUGAGUGACCACCGUUAUGACAAGCUCACUGUACCCGACGACAUGGCUGCCAACUGUAUAUAUCUAAAUAUCCCCGGCAAAGGGCAUGUCUUGCUGCAUCGAACCCCAGAAGAGUACCCGGAAAGUGCAAAGGUUUAUGAGAAACUCAAGGACCAUCUACUGAUCCCUGUGAGCAAUUCGGAGAUGGAAAAGGUGGAUGGCUUGCUCACCUGCUGCUCUGUUUUUAUUAACAAGAAGAUAGACUCCUGAGCUGGAGAGUCCCUCCCCUGUGGCCAGCAGGUGGCCGAGGCCAGGCUGAUGGCUCUGUACCCAUUCCUCCUGUUUCCUUUGACAAUCUACUGUGCCAUUGUGCUACUAACUCUUGUUUACAAAAAAAGAAAAAGAAAGAAAGAAAAGAAAAGAAAAACUAAUUCCAAUUUUAAUCACCUUAUUUCCCACACCCUCUUUUUCCUCUUGGUGGUAUCUAACCUGUGCAUCUGCUAAAUGAAUUAAAGCAACCUAGGAAAUACAGAACUAACGAAUCAUUGGGAUGUGAUUGGUAGUGUGGAAGCCCUCGCUUCAGUGUUUGUGUCCUUAGUGUGGGAAUACUUUAGCUGCAGAGCAUUCUGCAGACUGUCUUCCUGACCAGCCAGAUAAGUAAGGGACUUUCUUUCUCUGUAUCAUGAGUCACAUUUCUGUGAAAUUCCCUAGAACAUGGAUUUUUCCCAUUCCCCUCUCUUCUCAUCUCUAAAAUACCUUUCUUCUGGGUCUUUCUGUGGCCUUUAACACUUCUUUCAUAAUCACCUUGACCUUGGACACCUCCAAGGUCUUGCAUUCUAGAUGCCUUCCAUGUCAAGGUCACAAGGAUGCCAAGGUCACAACCAAGUCUCCUACCACCAGCAGCAAAUCAGAGAGACUGACUGGGGAACAGGAACCUCACAGAGGCACAUCCUGACAGGGUUUUCCAUUACCACACCUAGAAAGGUAAACUCAGCCUCAGGCGGUUGAUACCAAAUGUUAGAUGCAGAAGCCUAGAAACACCCCAUGGGUACAUCUUAGAGAGACUGAGUCACGUGCCAUGAUUUUGCCUCAUGACUGGUCCUGUAGGAGCAUGGAGGGAAAUCCUUCUCCACCCCACCAACUCCCCCUUUACAGCUUCCUUCUGACUCACCUUGUAUCUACCCCUUAGAAUCAUCAUGAUCUUGAAAAAGUAAUUUCCUUCCAAAGAGGCCGAGCAUCUAAAAUGAUUGUUGAUGGCCAGAGGGAGCUGCCUCCACCCAAGGCCUAGGAACGCAAUCAGGAAAUAGUUCCUAAAGUCAACUUCAAACAAUGUAUGAGUCUCCUGUGAAAUAUCCAUGAAUGUUUACUGUGGAAUUCAACUGCAACUUCAAAUUACACAACUUUCAGCUGACACAGGUUUCUCACAGAGAACAAUGCCACAGCAAAGAAAGAGAGCAUUCCUUUUUUUAAAAGCUGAAACAGGCCAGGGACAUGGUACUUUACAGGGCAUGGUGACCCAGACAGGCAUGUCAUCAAGCUUCUGGUCACUUCUACCUUUGCUAUAUAGCCUGCAGUUUUUCAUUCGAUAUUUAAACUUGAGGAGACAAAGACUAUGUCAGCUCUAUCUCUCCUCACCUCUCUUUGUGAUCAGUGUUUCUUAUAACGAAGGCAAGAGAGACUGGCCUUCAUUGCAUUCCCCUCAGCAGAUAGAAGUGAGAAAAUCAAGGCAUCCUUCACCACUCUUCCCUUAUUUGGCAAUCUCUCUGAAGAAGUCUCCAUCUCUUCCUUGCUGUCUAACUUCAGACUCACAUGCAAAUCUCUAGCUCUGUACACCCUGUGGAUGAACCAUAUCCUGGUCACUAUCAUAUUUCACAAAGUACCAUGGGUGAAUAGUUAUGUCUUUUCCAGAGCAAGUGACUGUGAGCCAAUUGCCUAAAUUAAUAAAGGAAAACUGUUCUCAGCAAUUAUGGUUGCCUUUGGGGGUUAAAUUUGGCUCUACACUAGCAAAAAACAGUAUCUCCUUAUGAGAGGUGACCAUCUCAAAACCAACCACAGGGAAAACAGCCCACUGUACAUGUACCUGCAUGUAAUUGUCACUAAUGUCCCUUCUAUCAACCUGGUUACAGAACUGUCCUGUUAUGUUGAGUCAAUUACAAGUGAAUAGGUUUUUCAUGGUGACAGUUUCUUCUACCAAAGGUGGUUUUCCAAUUCCCCUCUUUCCUUGUUUGUCCUGAGAAAUUGACUGGAGCCGCUGCCUCUUUCCCGUCUUACUCUGCUCUUUAGACUCCCUGUGUGAUACGGUGACGUGAAAACUCAGAAUACAUGCGCAUUGGUCCUUCAGUGUUCUCAUCGUUGUAACGUUACCUCUGAAAGGGAACGAUGUCAUUACCCAAGUUUCCCUCUCGUCCAUUGUGUCUCACAAAGAUGGAAAACUAACAAAAAUGCUUCUUGACAUCAUAAAGACAUGAGGAGUUACACUUAACUAAGUACAUAAGCUGAGUUAGAAUGAGUGGGUCAGUACAAGUUGGUCUAGAGAAGAGAGGGGCUAGAAGGAAUGUGUUGUUUAGCAUUACGUCUUUGGCUGGUGCGUUGCUGUAAGACGCGGUGGCAGAUCUCUCUCCACAGUGUGGUCAUCGCUCUAGUGUGCUACUAGGAACUGAAUACUAAGGCCACCAUCUCCUUAUCUCUAAGAAGGGAAAGUAAGAUAGGCUGUAGGCUCACAGUGUGGCCUAUGUAGGGUUGCAUGUUACUCUCUGACACGCUACAGAAUUCAGACAUAGUUUCCGUGUGGUAUUAGGUUUGUGCUUUUUUACCUUCUUGCCUGCCAUCUUCCAGCCAGCGUAUGGUUAUCCAGUCUGUGUGCCAACGCCAGCCAUAUCUCCCUGAACCCAUUAGUCCAGAGGAGUUCUGUACUGAUGCUAGUUUCCAGCUGCCCACUCCUAAUGUACACCAGUCAAGACAGAAUAAAAUGUGAGUUGUACUGUG